UUGCGUCGGCCCAAUGGGAGCUGCGCGCCGGCCUCCCCUUUAAGGAAUGUUGUGACCUGACGUCACCGGGCGAGUUACCUCCCGCAGCCGCCGCCGCCGGGCUCAGCGCGAGCCCCGGAGCCCUUGAGCGCGAGGCGCGGAGCCCCCGGAGCCCCCGGAGCCCCCGAACCGCAGCCACAUCCUCGCGUCGCGCGCCCCGGAGUCCCGGCCUGCGCGCCCUGCCGGGCCCGCGCGAUGCCCUCGGACCGGCCUUUCAAGCAGCGGCGGAGCUUCGCCGACCGCUGUAAGGAGGUGCAGCAGAUCCGCGACCAGCACCCCAGCAAGAUCCCGGUGAUCAUCGAGCGCUACAAGGGUGAGAAGCAGCUGCCAGUCCUGGACAAGACCAAGUUCCUCGUCCCAGACCAUGUCAACAUGAGCGAGUUGGUCAAGAUCAUUCGGCGCCGCCUGCAGCUGAACCCCACGCAGGCCUUUUUCCUGCUGGUGAACCAGCACAGCAUGGUGAGCGUGUCCACGCCCAUUGCCGAUAUCUAUGAGCAGGAGAAGGAUGAGGACGGCUUCCUCUACAUGGUCUACGCCUCCCAAGAAACCUUCGGCUUCUGAGCCAGCAGUAGGGGGGGGGUUGGUCUGGGAGUGGGGGGCCCUGUCAGGUUCUGCCCAGGGAGCUCCUGAGCUGAGCUAUCCCUGGUGGGCUGGGCAGGGAUGUGCCCCCUAGCUAGGGGGCACCAGCCAGCCUACCAUGCCCUUGGGUGGAUCCCAAGCCAGUCAUGUUAGGACUGCCCCUCUGGGUGCUGCCUGGGAUGGGAGAGGGUAGACAGCAGCCCCCAGCACCCCUGCUCUGUGUGGUUUGUCUUUUUUUAGGCCCCUGCCUGUCUUCCCAUCUGCCCCUCACCCACCUGAAGCUCUGCCCCCCUGCCUGGACCUGCCCACACCUGACAGACUGGUCCCUGGCUCCCGCGGUCUCCACAUGGUGUAUGGAUCUGUGGUCAUUGUCCCUCUGCAGAAUAAAGAUUGCUCAGGCCUGCCUGGC